UGUGUUAUGAUCCCGUUCGCAGAACUGCCAAAAGGGGGGAAAAGUCUAUCGAUCGAACUGAUAAGAGGACAAUUUAAAAAGGCCAGAUGCCCAGGUUUGCGUCAAAACAGCGCAACGUGCUUGGAAAAGCGCGACACAGAGGAGCCAACUGCACGCUGACCACGUCAGACCGGGAGGCCACGGGAACCCACCAACAUGCUGCUGCUGUUGCUUAUCGCCGCGUGCGGGAAUAACGCUUUGUUCGGCUCUCAGGUGUCCGGCAUGCCUCUCUCUGGUGCGGGGCCGCUUCUGUCCGGAGACUGGGGGGAACCGGUCAGACUCCGGCAUCUGUACGCAGCCAGACACGGACUGCAUCUGCAGAUCAGCACAGACGGAAAGAUAGGAGGCUCCCACCUGCAGAGCUCCCACAGUUUGAUGGAAAUUCGCCCCAUCGACACUGGCUGUGUCGUUAUCAAAGGUGUUGCAAGCUCCCGAUAUCUGUGCAUGGAAGCGAAUGGGAAGCUGUAUGGAUCGUACAUCUAUGUGAAAGAAGACUGCUCUUUUCUGGAGCAUAUUCUACCAAAUGGCUACAAUGUCUACACUUCGGGAAAACACGGGACUUUUCUGAGCUUGGGCGGUGGUAGAAACCGGCCCCAAAGUGCUCUCGCUCAGUUCCUGCCUAUGGUCAAUACAUUGUCACAGGAGCCAAAGGGCUAUGACUCAAGAGAAGGGCACUCUCCGCCUGACCCAGAGCAGGAUCUUCACUUAGGCUUACGAGCAGACAGCAUGGAGUCCUUUGGGAAGAUCUCCCAAAUUGUCAUUCAAAGCCCUAGUUUCAACAAAAGAUGAGUAGAGUAUUCACUCAAAGAGUUUCAAAAGAUCUGACCCGGGAGUUCAACCCAGUGGCAAGAGGCUGAAUGGUACUGGCCUGGCCUGAAAGGAGAGAACAGAGGAACUCUCUUUCUCUCAGAACUCAAAGACUGUGGCAAGACGAGGAUCAAGUUUCCAAAAGCCAGUUCUGACCAUGGACACACAGGGGGAUACACGGAUCAACGACAUGCUGAUGUUAAAUCACUCCAAAUGUUGAAGCACAAAAGAAAAAAACAAUAACAAAAUACAAUAUACUAGAGUAUCAACUGCAGCUUAGAUUUAUUUAUUUCUGAUGAUGAAGUUGACUGUAAUGCUUAAGCUCUAGGUCUUAUAGUAACAAGCUUACUUGAGUGCACUCAUAUCUACAUUGUGUAGAACUUUCAACAACCACUGUUUGUAGCUUGGCUUUUGUACUUGCUGUAUUUAUCUCAAGCUGUAUUUGGCAAACUAUUUUUGUUGGAAUAUUCCGAAUUAAAUAGACAUUUAUUUUCA